CUCUUUCCUGGUCUCUACCCCAUGUGGUCGGAGCCGCCCCACACACUGGAGCGGAGCUCUACGCCGUCGCUAGUUCUCUCUCGGCUUCCGCCAGAGCCACCGUGGAUGCCGACACCGCCUCGUUUAACUUUGGCCUCCGUUCCCUUUUUGUGGGAGGAGGCGCCGGGUAAGCCCCGACCAUUCGCUGGAUCGGAAAUUCCGUGGCUAUCGCCGCCGCUGGGGGACCUUCCUCCGCCGCCUCGGCUGUUGAAUGAAGCCAUACAGAGCACUCUGCUGUCGCCCACGACCGUGCUCGACGGACCUGAAAGGGCUUAUGGAUCAAAAAGAUGGGGUAGUUUCAGAAUGUGUAAGGAGCUUGUCAGCGGCGGGAACGACUCUUUGGCCACCGGUGUCGACGGCGGCGGUGGUGGAAGCGGGAGGUUUGGAAAGAAAAUAACUCCGUCACUGUCGGUUUCUUCUUACGGAAGAUCACACUUCUUGGUGAAGAUUUAUGAAAAAUUUAAGCGGGUUUUCCAAGGGAGACGAAGGCAAAGAUGAUUAACUUCUAUUUUAAAGUAACAAUUAAUUAUAAGCGUAUGACUGAUUUUAGUUAUAUUAUUUCUUUAUGAUCAUAAAUAUAUGUUAAUAGGACAUUAGUCAUGUGUAAUAAAUGAAAUUUGAUUUCGCAUCAGAUUAAUUAAUGAAAUUAGGGUAGUUGGUAUG